AGAAAGGCCAACGAUUCUCCUGGUCUUUAUUGCAGUUGAUAUAUUUCCCGUCGAUGGUAUUGAUGGGGGAUUCAUAAACUCCAUCUGUUAAAGGGCGAUCAGUACACCUGGACAUCAUACUGUCCCAGCCGAUCUUGACGAGAACUCGAGCGCAUUCAAGUAACCCAAACACUGUAAAGAGCCCAAAGAAUAUCCACCGCAAAAGUAAUCUUGGAGGACGGGAACUCUUUGGACGUUUGUUUCCUUCCCCAAAUCCAUCCUUGACAACCAACGGGAUGACACAUAUGUUCACGUGACCGGAGCGACGGCAAUUUCCGGAAAUUGAAAAAUCGGAUGGGAAUCAACCGACUGCCUUCUUUCCUCUUUGUUGCUUGUCGUCUCCCAUCACCGACUCUCCCAUCAUUCACAAAACAAUGGCUUCCCUUCGUGUUUUGCCAAAGGUGUCAGCGGCCUCGUCGCUUCUUUCCCGGCAGUUCGCUGUCCGUGCCUAUUCCACUGCCAAGACUCAGAGCUUGAAGGAGCGUCUGAAGGAGCUGAUCCCCGAAAAGCAGGCGGAAGUAAAGGAAGUGCGUGCCAAGUAUGGCAACAAGGUUAUGGGUGAGACCACCGUUGACAUGAUGUACGGUGGUAUGCGUGGUAUCAAGGGUCUUGUUUGGGAAGGCUCCGUUCUCGAUGCCGAGGAGGGUAUCCGUUUCCGUGGUUACACUAUUCCUGAGUGCCAGAAGCUCCUCCCUGCAGCGGAGGGCGGUGAGGAGCCUCUUCCGGAGUCUCUUUUCUGGCUCUUGGUGACCGGUGAGAUCCCCACUGCUGAACAAGUCAAGGCCCUCUCUGCCGACUGGGCUGCCCGGUCUGCUAUCCCCUCGUACGUGGAAGACCUUCUUGAUCGUUGCCCCAACACCCUCCACCCGAUGAGCCAGUUCAGCUUGGCUGUCACUGCUUUGCAGCACGAGAGCAGUUUUGCGAAAGCCUACCAGAGUGGUGUUCCUAAGACUCAAUACUGGGACUACACUUUCGAGGACGCGAACGACUUGAUUGCUAAGCUCCCCAACAUUGCAGCUCGCAUCUACCGUAACGUUUUCAAGGAUGGCAAGGUUCCUGAGAUUGACCGCAACCUUGACUGGGGUGCCAACUUCGCCCACCUUCUUGGUUACCAGGACCCCAAGUUCGUCGAACUCAUGCGUCUCUACCUCACUAUUCACUCUGACCACGAAGGAGGUAACGUCAGUGCUCACGCCACUCACUUGGUUGGAAGUGCUCUCUCCGACCCGUACCUUUCUUUCGCCGCUGGUAUGAACGGGUUGGCCGGUCCUCUUCACGGUUUGGCGAACCAGGAGGUUCUUCGUUGGACUUUGAAAUUGAGGGAGCAAGUCGGUCCCAAUGCUACCGAUGAGGAGAUCAAGGAGUUUUUGUGGAAAACCUUGAAGAGUGGUCAGGUUGUUCCCGGAUACGGACAUGCUGUGCUCCGUAAGACCGACCCCCGUUACACUUGCCAGCGCGAGUUCGCUCUCAAACACCUUCCAACCGAUCCAAUGUUCAAGCUUGUUAGCCAAUUGUACAACAUUGUUCCCGGAGUUCUGACCGAGCACGGAAAGACCAAGAACCCAUGGCCCAACGUUGACGCCCAUAGUGGUGUUCUUCUCCAGCACUUCGGCUUUGUGGAGCAAGAUUUCUACACUGUCUUGUUUGGAGUGUCGCGCGCCUUGGGUGUCAUGAAUGGGCUCAUCUGGGACCGUGCCCUGGGUCUCCCUAUUGAGCGGCCAAAGUCCUUCAGUACGGCUCAUCUUAAGAAGAUGUUCGAGGGCAAAUAAUUGGUAAUGACUACAUAUUUUUAUGUCAUGUCCUCAUAAAAUGAUUCCCGGAUGAGGUUGGAUUGGGUGUCGGAUGUGGUGUUCUUUUUCGUUUUUGCAUUAUUUUGACUUGAAUAUACAACUUGUUAUUUAAUUAUCAUCAAGUACACUCUCAACUAGUCGCGCGUAUUGCUAUCGCUUCCCCUCAUUCAUCCAUUUAUCCCGCAGUCGUAUGGUAUCUUGGGCCGAUCCUGUUUUCAUCUCACACAAGCAGCUGUACUUGUAAAGUGCUGCCUCAUUUAGCCACCGCAGCUUGCGGCAGAAUUCGUAUA